UAUAUAGGAUAUGGUGGACUAAAUCAAAAAGAUUUUAAGAGAAAAGCAUUAAGAGGAGUCUAUCAUUUUCUUCUAAAUCAAGAUUUGGCUUCUUGUUUUGGUCCAACUAGGUAAAAGGAAUUGACCACGCCAUCUGGCAUCAGCCGCCCUGGCCUGAAUCUCCAAUCAUAAUCAUUGUCCUUACCAUUAACUCUCAAAUUUGGUAAUUUAGUAUCAAUCAUCGUUAGCUUCAUUUUAAAUUGAUAACUCAGGAGCGAAGAGUGAUUCUUAUAAUCACAUCAACAUUUUUCUUCCUAAGAAGUAUUUUCACAUGCGAUUAAGUUCCUGUAAUCAAGCUCAUUCUCAGGCUUUUGGAGUUGGCAUAUUUUAAAGAUUACUAAGGCUUCAUAGUUCGUCUAAUUUGUGUUCCAAAUAUGACUUCUGAUUUCCAAGGGAAAGCUAUUGUGAUUAUGGGUGUCAGUGGUGCUGGGAAAUCCACAAUAGGUGAGAUGCUGGCCAAAGAUUUGAAGUGUAAAUUUCUUGAUGCUGAUGAUUUCCAUUCACAGUCAAAUAGAGAGAAGAUGUGUCAAGGCAUUCCUCUAUCAGAGGAAGACCGGAUUCCAUGGCUUCAAAGUUUACAGGAGGCUGUAAGGGAGAGUUUGAUUGUUGGGAAAAUUGUAAUACUUGGCUGUUCUUCACUCCAGAAUCGGUAUCGAGAAAUUCUUAGAUCUGCUGAUCCUAAUUAUCAACUUGGAAGCUAUGUCAGUGUGGUUAAGUUUGUAUUGCUAGAUGUCAAUGCUGAGGUGCUUGCAGCGAGGCUAAAUAAAAGAGCUGCAGAAGGGAAGCAUUUUAUGCCAGCUACUCUUUUGCAAUCACAGCUGGACUUGCUGCAUGUAGAUGAUUCUGAAGGAAUAUAUAAAGUAGACGCUGCUCAAAGUCCUCGAGCAAUUGUAGAUGCUAUUAAAAGCUUUGAUUUUAUGAUCAAGAAUACAUAGAUGAAUUUGACAACCAAAAUAUAUCCAUUCUGAAGUUAGAAUUGUACACAGCCUUCUCAUUCUUCCAGAACUAGCUUUGGCCUUGCUUGUGCUUGUCUCUUGAAGGUGAAACUUCAAGAUGAGUGCAAUAGGGAGAUUGAUUAAGCCCCAAGAGGAAAGGUUUACAAAGAUAAUGAACUGAUUAAGUCCAUUACGUUACAUAUAGGUCUUCCUCAUUGUGGACUUCCAUUGUGGACAUGUAGGUCUUCCACAUUCUAUGGAACUUGCAUAUAAUUGUAUUCCUAUAUCAAUUUUAAUUACUCUUCUUUCAUA